AUGGCUGGUGCACGAGGGAACAGCCAACACCAUAGCCUGUUGGAUGUCCGAGACAGCAUGAUUCAGGGCCUUACACAGCUCAAUUGGGUCAACUCUGCAACAAAAAGGCCAGAGAAGACAUCUGCAGGGCGAAGACAGCUUGUGGCAGGUGUGUCGAGUGGGAGCCAUGACAACUGUGUUUUUGACAAUGACUUAGUGAAAAGCCUUGAUAUUUCUGUCAUGAUUGAUGACUACAAUCAUUAUAUGAACAGAGUGAACCUUGCAAAUCAGUAUAGAGCAGCAUAUGCGUCAAAUGGUUGA